UGCGCGGCUGGGGAGGCGCUGGAGGGGCCGGCGGGACGAUGCUGCGGCGGAAGCCGACCCGCCUGGAGCUGAAGCUGGACGACAUCGAGGAGUUUGAGGUGGUCCGCAAGGAGCUCGAGACUCAUAAAAAGCAGCGCGAAGAGGUGGACAUGGUAGGAGCCAACGAUGGCGAGGGGGCCCUGGCGUUGAAUCCUGAUCACAAGAGCUGGGAGCAGGUGAUCCAUGACCGGAUUGGCUACAAACCUCAGCCUAAACCCAGCAACCGUUCAUCUCAGUUUGGGAACUUUGAAUUCUAGAGCGACCAGGUGGACCCUUGUUGUGCCGUUAUCUCUGGGCGAAGCACGUUCAUGGGGGAUUAUGAGGAGCUGAUUUAGGAUGAGGACGACAGAGGGAGCCGCAGGAUUUUAUCCUUCUAGAAGAUGAAAGCUUUGCUAUUCUCUAAGAACGAGGUUGGAUCCUGUUUCCCCUCGAAGGCCACUUUCAUACAACCUCCUGACCCAUGUAUCUUUACCAACCUCCCGUUUGCAACCAGAGGGCUGAAUUCUUGCAACAGCGAUAGAAAAGAUUCUGCCAGGGCUGUUCUAGCAUGUGCAAAUGUUUCCAGAUUUCAGUGUUAAUCCCUCUGGGAAUUUUGCAUGUAUAGCGCUCCCCAGUCUGGAAAAGUUGUAUUUCCGUAGCACCACCUGCCGGGGAGAGGGGGGACAGAGCCUCCUCCUUCCAAUCAUUUUAACAAAGAUGAACUUCCAGCAUCACUUUUUCCUAGAGCUGGUUUUGCUGCUUAAGUUAGCUUGCUUCCUCUCUCUGCAUUCCAUCCCUUUCUAACAUUUAACACAUUAAAUUGUGAGCUACUCUCAGGAUAAGAAUACGAGGCGUAUAGUAGGCGAGCUUGUGUGCGUGCAAACUAUUUGCUCCGGUUUGGAAAUUGACACAGGUAUGAGAGAAGGGUAUUGCCACUGGAAAGAGGGAAAAAAAAAAGCAGAAUCUAACUGAUGGGUUGAAUAUUUUUAUUCUACUGAACUUAACCGCACAGCUUGCAAACGUAUCAUGCGCCCAUCAUUUUCCAUUAAGACCCCCUGUGCUUUAGUAGUUACAACGGCAUAAUCAUUAGUAUUCACAUAAUGAGAGCUAAUGGGUACACUUCCAUCAGCUAUGAAUUUAAAUUAGACAUCCUGCAUGGUAAUACACGGCCUGGAGAAGCAAUACAGCUAAGGCACCAUUUUUUCAUGGAUACACUGAAUGGGGAAGGCGGGGGGGGGGGGGGGACACAC